AUGGCUCUGAAUCCCCCAGAGAGUAAGCCGGUAGCCCCUAGUGGGCGUAAAUCCGCUAAGAAAUCUCGUCAUAUGGACGAGGAGUCCUCCAAAACUGUUGAGACGGGCAGGGUACGUCCUGUCACUGAGGAUGUGGUUACACCACAACAGAGAGCCCCCCACCUGGCAAAAUCG